AUGGCGGACAGUGGCAGCCCCACCAGCAGCUCUGGCCCCUGGUGGAAAUCGCUAACCAGGAAAAAAAGCAAGGAAGUCACAGUGGGGGCGCAGCCUUGUGUUCAGCCAGAGGCCGAGGAUCAAACACCACCUUACUCGGAUCGGACUAGCAGCUCUCGAGAGAACCAGCACUCCGACGUUCUUGGGGACACCGGAGAGACCCCCAGGUCAGAGAAGUUGUGUGAGGAGAAGUCAUGCAACAGCCGGCGCAAUCUGAAGAUCUCACGCUCUGGCCGAUUUAAGGAGAAGAGGAAAGUGCGUGCUACGCUGCUUCCCGAAGGAGACAGGUCCCCUGAGGAGGCCGACUUUCCAGAUGACCCCCAGGAGGAUAAGCAAUAG